AUGGUUGAAGGCCACAUCGGUGGUGGUUCCUACUCACAAGAUACCUUCCCGAUUGAAGUUGAGGCCCUCUGUGCCAUGGGGCCACGGGAACCUCUUCAAGGCCCUGAAAACGUGGGCCACCAGCAGUCUGCAGUCACUGAUUCACGACUGGAGGUGUACGACCGACUAUCCCCUCUCCUGUUUCAACUCACGCGAGACAGCCAGGCUCUAAAACGUGUCAAACUACGUUCUGGAGCUGAACUAGAGUCGGUCUUCUUUUCCGUGUCUGCAUUAUGCGAUAUAAUUCACACCAUAGCGCUAUCUGAGCAAGGCCUAGGACUACAGAGCUGCGGCUUCUACAGUUUUCAGUCGCGCAAUGAAACCGUUGUUCUAGCUCUUACAGCGGUGCUCAUAGUUCUUGAGAUCUACGAGCUGCUUGCACACAACGCCAUCAAUGACAUGCCGCUUCUGGAGCAAACCAAAUCAGGAGAGCGUGAGGUCCUGCCCAUUUUCUCCUCGGGCCAACAAUCUCCUUCCUCACACGCAAGCCCCGGUCGCGGGCUGCACACAUACGGGCGUCUAGACACCGUGGUUCGGUACACCGUCAUGGACUUUCACCUAGGGCAACUGCGGCGGCUCCUGGAGUUCAACAUGGAGGGUUCUACGUCCUGGCAGCCAAAUGCCAUAUAUCAUUUAGAGUCAACCAGGGGGCGGCUUGAUGCCCUACGGAUGUGGAUUCAAGACUUGGUUAGCCAGGCAUGA